AUGUACCUGAUUUUAAAUUCAUGGGAGCCUAUUGAGAUAGAACGAAUGGACUACGAUGGAUCGUACAGAGAAGGCAGCGGAACCGAUGAUCUAGGAAUUUUCCCGCCUCCCCCACCGCCGCCUGACGGUAAGACUUGCUUUUGUGAUUCUGAUAAAGAACAUUGUUGUAAUUCUCUUUAUGACGGUGACAAAGCAGCCGCUGGAUAUUAUCGAGGAGAGAAAGGAGAUCGAGGGCCCAGGGGACCACCGGGAGAGUCAAUUAGAGGUCCUCCUGGACCACCUGGUCCUUCAGGUCUUCCAGGGGCACCAGCACCAGAGGCUGUCUGCACCUGCAACUUAACGUCAAUCAUUAGCACAAUUAAAAGCCAAGCCAACAUUCCGUAUACACCGAUUGAAGGAAAAGCUGGACCGCCUGGUUCCACUGGGCUACCAGGACCCCCAGGAGAUAGAGGCCCUAUCGGUCCGCCAGGUGACAAAGGUGAACGAGGAGAAAAAGGUCCUCAAGGUUCGGAAGGGUACCAGGGAGCCAAGGGGGAACCAGGAAGGGAUGGAACGCCAGGACUACCAGGCCCACCAGGAUCGCCAGGUCCACCGGGACCCGUCGAGUUUGAAAAUGUAGAUCCAAGCUGGAAACCAAGAGGACCGUUCAAGGACACUGUAUUAGGGGGUUCAAUGGUAAGACCAGGGGUACCAGGCCCUAAGGGCGAACCAGGUAAACAAGGCCCUAUAGGUCCCAGAGGAGAAAAAGGUCCGGCAGGUUCAAAGGGUGCACAUGGAGAUCCAGGUCUUAAAGGGGAACGAGGUGAUAGGGGCAUUCCAGGCGAAAAAGGCGUACAGGGUAAAAGAGGUGACGAUGGUUCUCCUGGUAUGGAUGGUAUUCCUGGUAUUCCAGGAAAACAUGGAGAGAAAGGUGAGAAGGGUAGCACUGGUAAUCCUGGUCCUGCAGGGCCACCUGGACCAUCUGGAAUACAUAUAGCGGGUGGUACUGCUGAAGAAGCGAUUAAAAUUAUGCCGGGAUUACCUGGUGCUAAAGGAGAUGCAGGAGAGAGAGGACCAAAAGGAGACAAAGGUGACACUGGAGAAGCUGGAAUACCUGGUGUAUCUGGAAUGCCAGGAACCGAAGGUAUUCCUGGUGAAAAAGGAGAUCCAGGUAUUGAUGGAGCGACAGGGCCAAUGGGAUCUCCAGGUUCGAAGGGAGAUAAAGGGGAGAGGGGUCCACCAGGUUCGAUUAUAAGCGCAGAUGGAACUGAAAAUAUUAUGACGAUUAAGGGUCAGAAAGGUGAUAUGGGUAAGAGAGGAAGACGAGGGAAACCUGGUCCAGUUGGUCCACCAGGACCACCUGGAAAACUUGGAGAAAUUGGACUGCCAGGAUGGAUGGGAAGGCCUGGAAUACCGGGAGUUCCUGGAACGAAAGGAAUGAAGGGCGAUUCAGGAGGACAUAAGGGCGACAAGGGUGAUAGAGGUGACCUGGGUCCGGCAGGUAAAGAUGGCACGCCGGGCCCUCCGGGCCCACCGGGACCCCGAUCAUCAGACGAAACGACAAGGUACAUUCCAGUGCCCGGACCUCCAGGGCCGCCUGGUCCUCCGGGUCCUUCGGGGAUGCCAGGAUUGUCUAUAACCGGCCCCAAAGGCGAGCCAGGCAGUCCCGCGUACGGAGAAACUGCUCACUACAGCCGACCAGGUAUGUGGUUAGAGAUAUUUAAUAUUAAGUGGCGGUUCGUUAACACAAAAAAUCGCGUAGAGGGUAGAAAUGAGACUCUUGACGUUUAA